UUGAACCAAACCAACUUUCAUAAAUCAGCUGCUAUAUUUACUAGGCUUUUCCCACAUAAACAACUCUGGUAAAAACAAUCCCAAGCUCUGAUAAACAUGGGGUUUAUGAGCUACCAUGUAGCAGAUGACCAAAGCUUUUGUUUUCAAGCUCCCACAUUCAUUGAAUGGCUCAAGCCAUCUUCAUCAUCAUCAUCAUCAUCUUUUGAAUGGCUUAACCCCAUGGAUACCUUGAAACUGCAGCACCAGCAGGAAACUAUUGAAUGCCUACCACUUUUGAGCAGGUUUACUGAGAAGAAACCAUUGAAAGAGGAAGAUUUGGAGAAGAAGAAGAGUAUUGGGGAUGUUAAAGAAGAAAAUAUUGAGAAAUUUGCGGUUUCUCUACACAUUGGGUUGCCUGAAAGUAAUAAUAUUCCAGUUGCAGACAACGAUGUUUUGAAGGAGAAAGAAACCACGAAAAAAACCUUCCAUGGAUGCUCUUUGAACACUGUAAGUAGGUUUUGGAUCCCAACUCCAGCACAGAUUCUCGUCGGUCCCAUGCAAUUUGCUUGCUCGAUUUGCAGCAAGACGUUCAAUAGGUACAAUAACAUGCAGAUGCAUAUGUGGGGGCAUGGGUCUGAAUAUAGGAAAGGGCCAGAUUCACUUAAAGGAACACAACCAGCAGCAAUGCUGAGGCUGCCAUGCUAUUGCUGUGCCCAGGGCUGCAAAAACAACAUAAAUCACCCUCGAGCCAAGCCAUUGAAAGACUUCCGAACACUCCAAACACACUACAAAAGGAAACAUGGCUCCAAGCCCUUCAUGUGUCGAAAAUGUGGCAAGACGUUCGCCGUCAAAGGCGAUUGGCGAACGCAUGAGAAGAACUGCGGCAAGCAAUGGUAUUGCACCUGUGGCUCCGAUUUUAAGCACAAAAGGUCUCUGAAAGAUCACAUCCGGUCGUUUGGCAAAGGCCAUUCCCCUCAUUUUUCUCUUGAGGGAUUCGAAGAUGACAAGGAAUGCAUCACCGGUUCCAAGGGCGACUUUGUUCGCUAGACUUGUGACUCAAGCAACCUUCUUGUUUUGAGAUUUAGAUAGAUCUAAUAGCUUUAAAAGUUUCUUAGGCUUACCCCCAAUUAAGCUUUUGCUCUAUAACAAAACAUUUCUCAAACAAAAAACAUGGGGACAGUUUUGGUAUGGAGCCCUUGCUGAGUAGGGGUUGAGCAAACUUUUUUUUUUACUCUUUGGGAAAUAAAUUAAGCAGAAAAACAAAAGGGUUACCUCAAGUGGUGAAGUAGAUGAAUUUUCUUCUCUUCAACAGAGAAUUGGGUUAUUUUCUCAAAGGGAGAAAAUUUAUCUGCUUCAUUGCUAAUUGGUAAUCUUUAAUAGGAUUGAAUAUUGCAUUGUUUUCUAGUUU